GAAUGCACUUUACCCUACACGAGUCACAACUUGGACACGCGCCAGCCUUUCCCUCCCCGAGGUCACAACGAAUGAGCAAAACGCAGAGGCGUAAGAAGGGAUUUGUUGUUCAUGUACUGUAGUCUCCCGUAGUUCAGCUCGGGGAGGUUAUAGGUGGUGGCCCGACAUAACGGCAUAACAGGAGUCUCUGGUUACACGGUUACGUUAAGAUUUAACGUAGUUGCGUCUACUCUCACACGGGGAAAAAAAUGUAGUAGCUCCUCGUGCUUUAGGCCUACAGUGAAAACCGGAGACCUCGAGAGCAAGUCUUUUUUUGGAACUGUCCGCGCCUGGGAAGAAAUCAAAACAACAAUGCAGAGUUGCACCAAUAUAUCAGAUACAGCCAAGGAGUUAUGUGACGCGGUGUCAGUGUCUUUAGGUUUGAGUUCGCAGUCAAACGAGAUAGUGGAUAAUGGACGGAGCGGCCCUGCCUUCUCUGCAGACUGCGGCCCAAAUCAUGGAAACCAUUUUUCAGUCUCCGAGGAGUCUUCUCCAGAGUUUGGAGCUGGCGCAAGUAUGACCUCAGAGUUAACCACCCAGAUGCAGAGGAAAACGAGAAUUAAAUCAAAUGAUCUCGGGCCAUCGUUCGAAGUACAUCACGACAUUUGUGGACAAAAUUAUGUCGGUUUUUUACAGACCCUCGAGCGCGAAAGGGACAGCGCAUGGAAGGUGACGAGGCCUAUGCACGAGUUGGAAAUGGCCCGAGGUCUCCGUAAAAACUCGGACAUGUUCGUGAAUUUGGAUAACGCUAUUGCGCUCUCGGUGCCCUCUCAGUUUGACGAACUGUUACCUUUAAGUUCUCCAUUCCGUAAAGACGCCCCAACCCAUUUAUUUGGUAGGGAAUUUACGGAUCAAUCGACCGUCAAUGGCCUCAUCAAAAGCAGCCUUAACAAAACCGAACCAGGACACGAGGGACCCUGUCCGGUGGCGGGUGGAUCUUGGUUCUGUAAAUAUUUGGACAACGGAAAUUGCAUGUCUUGUGGAGCACGUAAAGCCUGUCCCCCUGGGGUUAACUAUCAGGACUAUGACCCUGGGAUGCCACAAGAUGGUCAUGUCCAGGAGCAAAGUUACCAAAGUGUGAUGCAUGAAAGCGGUCUUCAACAAGUGUAUCACUCUGCUAUCAAGAAGGAGAGUUCUGGAUGGAUGAGUGCUGACUCCAGGCUGAGAUGUGAGGAUAUGUUGCCAGUGUACUUCUCUGACCGGAGGGUGUGUAAGGUAUGUGGAGACGAGGCAUCAGGCUGUCACUAUGGAGCUGUUACCUGUGGGAGCUGCAAGGUGUUCUUCAAGAGAGCUGCAGAGGGUAAGCAGAAUCACCUGUGCGCCAGCCGUAACGACUGCACCAUCGACAAGCUGAGGAGGAAGAACUGUCCUUCCUGUCGUCUCAGCAGAUGCUUCCGGUCUGGAAUGAGCCUCAAAGGCCGCAAGCUGAGGGGAGCUGGCCCGCUGAAAGGAGGAGUGGAGGGGGGAACACAGGCACCCGGCAAAGAGAGGACUGGAGAGAGGGGAGGAGAGAGACCUGGAGAGAGGACUGGAGAGAGGCCUGGAGAGAGGGGAGGAGAGAGGGGAGGAGAGAGGCCUGGAGAGAGGGGAGGAGAGAGGCCUGGAGAGAGGACUGGAGAGAGGACUGGGGGAUUACAGUUAUCCACCGUUUCCCCACAGGCUAAAUGCUGUGCUGCGUCGCAGGCUCCCGCUCUUGGCCCCUCCCCCAGUCUACGCCCCUCCCUCCUCAACAUUCUGAGUUCCAUUGAGCCAGGAAUGGUCAACGCAGGCCAUGACACCUCCCAGCCAGACUGUUUCGCCUCCCUACUGUCCAGCCUCAACGAGCUGGGAGAGAGACAACUGGUGUCUGUGGUGAACUGGGCUAAAGCCAUGCCAGGUUUCAGACAGCUGCAUGUAGAAGACCAGAUGUCAGUGAUCCAGUCUUCAUGGCUGGGGUUGAUGGUGUUCGCUCUGGGCUGGAGGUCUUACACUAACACAGAUGCUAGAGAGCUCUACUUCGCUCCUGACCUCAUCUUUAACGAUCAGAGGAUGCGUGUGUCCAGUAUGUACGAACACUGUGUCCAGUUCCGUCUGCUGUCCCAGAGGUUCUGUAUGCUCAGAGUCACCCAGGAAGAGUUCCUCUGUAUGAAGGCUCUGCUCCUCUUCAGCAUCAUCCCUGUGGAGGGUCUGAGGAAUCAGAAGUGUUUUGACGAGCUGAGGAUCUCUUACAUCAAGGAGCUGGUUUGUCUGGCCAGCCAACAUGGAGAAAAACACCAUACACAACGCCUGUUCCAGCUCACACAGCUACUGGACUUCCUACACCCGAUUGUGAGGAAGCUGCACCAGUUCACCUAUGAUCUGUUUAUCCAGGCCCAGUCUCUGCCCACCAGAGUCAGCUAUCCAGAGAUGAUCUCUGAGAUCGUCAGCGUUCACGUGCCCAAGAUACUCACAGGCAUAGUUCAGCCAAUCCUCUUUCACAAUGCACCUUGCUAGAGGGUCAUCCCAUCACAAUGCACCUUGCUAGAGGGUCAUCCCAUCACAAUGCACCUUGCUAGAGGGUCAUCCCAUCACAAUGCACCUUGCUAGAGGGUCAUCCUAUCACAAUGCACCUUGUUAGAGGGUCAUCCUAUCACAAAAAACCCUGCAAGUGGUUCAACCUAUCACAAAACUUCCUGCUAGAGGUUCAACCCAGGGCAGGCCCUAGGCACAAGGUACUUUUUUUUGGGGGGACUCAGUCGGGGUCUCAACUUAAUGUUGAGAGUUAAAGUAAAAUACACAAGGUGACAUUUUUUAAUUUGUUAGUGAAUCAGCAGUUUUUGUUAGUGAAUCAGCAGUUUUUGUUAGUGAAUCAGCAGUUUUUGUUAGUGAAUCAGCAGUUUUUGUUAGUGAAUCAGCAGUUUUUGUUAGUGAAUCAGCAGUUUUUGUUAGUGAUUUUGUUAGUGAAUCAGCAGUGUCAGUCUCUGAAUUAGCCCUUGUUAGCAAACAUUUAUUUAGAUUGUUAAGUUAGCCAGCUGUCUACACCUUAUAGUAAUCAUGGCCAACUAAUGACCAGGCACGCAUGCACCCUGACCUCCAGGGGACCUCCAUUGAUGUUGUCAGUCACUCUCACUCAGAUAUCAUAAGUCAUGGCAAAAUGUGUAGAAUUGUAGGAAAUUUGCUUUAAAACUUGAUAAUUUCUCUCCACCCCCUGGCAGUAUUUGUAGAAUUGUUGGAAAUUUGCUUUAAAUCUGCAAGAUCUUCUGGCUGCCCCAUUUGAAGAAAAAUGUGUAGAAUUUGAUCAAAUGUGAUUUAAAACCACAACAUUUUCUCUAUGCCCCAUAGCUAAAUGCGAAUGUGAAUUUCAGGAAAUGUGAUUUAAAACCACAACAUUUUCUCUACGCCCCAUAGCUAAAUGCGAAUAUGAAUUUCAGGAAAUGUGAUUUAAAACCACAACAUUUUCUCUAUGCCCCAUAGCUAAAUGCGAAUGUGAAUUUCAGGAAAUGUACUUUAAAACUUACAUUUGCUUUAUCUGUGCCGUCAAGAGGGGGCCCAAUAAAAUGUUUUACCCGCAUGGUGUGGGGCCCCAAAACGCUAGGGCCAGCCCUGGUUCAAUAUAUCACAAAAACCUUACUAGAGGACCAACCAUUGUCUGUACAUGGUGUGGGGCCCCAAAAUGCUAGGGCCAGCCCUGGUUCAAUAUAUCACAAAAACCUUACUAGAGGACCAACCAUUGUCUGUACAUGAAUCGGCAAAGCCGUCGAUGAUGUCACACCAUUAAUUCCUAUGUGAAGACUCAAUGUCGCAUUUGAAGGUUAGGAAGUCGGUUUUAGCUUGCUAAAGUGCCGUCUCAUUGGGGAUAUGUAUGUCGACAUAACAUGCACAGUUUGAGCUACUCCAGGAAGGGACGUUGCAGGCUAGGUCAGAGCUGCCUGCAACCGAAGGCCGACCAGGGUACUGCAGGCUACCAUAGCAACUCAAUUAUCCUUAUAACUUCUUUGUACAAUUGUAUUUUUUUUUUAUAUAAUCAGUUCAAGGACAUACAUCUGUUCUAAUAUAAGCAAUUAUUGGUAACAUGGUUGUGUUUGAAUGCUAUAUUUUAAAAAGUUUUUUCUCUAAUAUUUACAACGAAGAUUGCCAUUUUCCCAUUCACUAUAAUGGGAGAUCCUGGUUUCUGGAAACUACAGCCUUCAGUACCGCAGUCGGCCUUGCACUUCAUGGCUUCAAUGAGAGGGGUCAGUCGGUCUCCCCAGGGUUGAUUACGUUACAACCCCUGAUCUCAAGGGUUUGAUCCUGAAUGUACAUUUCAGACUGUUGGUUUUCUCUCUUUUCAGUUAACUGUUAUAUACUCUUUCAUAGUUUCAGUAAAUGUAGUAGUAUGUUUAACACUGUCAAAAUAAGUCAUAAUUCUUCUGAAUAACACAUCAUUCAUACUCUACAGACAUUCAUAUAUAACACAAUAUCUGUAAAUAUGAAAUGCAUUAUACGUUGCAUAUUCUAUCAAAACAAAGCAUACUUCUUUAAAAGUCUAACAAAUGAAACUAUAACGAUCUAUAUUCCACAUCACUGGGUCUUUAUUUGGCAUCAUGUCAUUUGUAUCUUAAGUAUUGUAUAAGUCACAGGGAAACACACAGGUUGUAUCCAAAAUGACAUCCAACCCUUUUAGUGCACUACAUUUGAGUAGGACCCAUAGGGCUCUGGUCAAAACUAGUGCACUAUAUAGGGAAUGGGGUGCCAAUUUCUGACUCAAUUUUCCAUAAAAAAAACAUAUAUUUCUCCCUCAGGUAAGGUGUUACCAUCUAUUGAAGUAUUGAGCUUCAUCAAUACUUUAUCCUAUCUGAGUUCAUAUGUCUACUUACCAAAUAAAUACCGUACCUCACUA